CAUGCCACCUUUUGUUCUUUCUCCCUCCUCCCCCUCAUUCUGCUCACGUCGUCAGCCCCCCCUGUCCAUUCCAGCCCCAAAGCGGGGUCCAUCAAGAUGUUGCGAAAGAAAGAAACCUACACCAACACCAUCUUCAUCCCCUCCAAGGUUCCCCGUCAACUCGCCAUCGACAUCCUCCACAGCCAUGGCGAGAUCAUCUCCCUCAAUCCGCUCGUCCUUUCCCAUCAUCCCGUCAAAGCACCGCGCAAUGCUCCCGCCGACGAAUACUAUUCCACCUGGUACGAAAUUACCGAGCGCGUCCGCUAUGUGCCCCGCACGAUCAGCUUCAAGGGCUGCUUCCACGAUGAGCCGUGGGGUCUGCAAACCCACACCUACGCCCCAAUGGGCGUGGACCUGCGCAACACCUACCGCAUUGUGGGGAAUCAGCCCAAUGAGCCACCGGAUCCGUACUCAUCGGAGGAAAACAAGGGAUUGUAUCUGCGCGAGGAUGUCGAAAUCGAAUGCAAUCUGACGCUGAUCUCCUUCGUUAAGAGUCAGCUGCGGGCGGCAUCGAAGGUGUUGGUGGAUCGGUUUAUCAAGAAAGCGGAACUCCUGGAUGCUGGUGUCUUGCAGGGCAUUAUGGAGGAUGGGGUCCUGAGGACCUUCAAUCCCGCGGAUCGAACAAGUACCUCUAUUAUGAUGUCGCCGGAUGAACGGGCGCGACGGUUGUCGUAUCAGAUGCCUGUAUCGCCGAGUGAACAUUCGCGGUCGGGGUCGAUGUCGUCGCAGCCGCCUUAUGCGUUCUCGCCGCCGCAGUAUCGGCAGGAUUAUGGUCGGGAGUUUACGGCCGAGUUGCCGGCGGAUGCAUACCAUGCGGUGCCGGGACCGGGGAAGUAUAAAAGGCCGGAGAGUGGGUAUCCGGCUGAGUUAUCGGCGAUGAAUGACACGUAGUUCCGAGUACAGUGAUAUGCUUCUAUGUGAUGAACAGGAUUUGCAUGGAGUUAUCAGGAUGGUUGGUACAGUCGCGAUUUUUACAGAAUACCCACGAUCGUUCGAGCGUGCAGCC